AUGCGAUGCGCGAGCAAGGCCGCCGAGAGCGCGUCCGCACGUCUCUGUGCGGACGCCGAAGCAGAAACAACAGCAACUGAUGUCUCAUCGGUUGCUGGAGCGACCCAGCCUGUGUCACUUGGUGAUGCAGGCGCUGGUCAUGAAGACACUCGUGUCUUCACAGAGUACGAGCUCGGUGUCUCGUACUCUCCUGAUACGGAUGACGGAUCCGUAUCGACGGCGAUUGAAUCUAAGCCGCCUGCCAAGCGUGGCAUGGACGAUGCUUUGCGUCGCAGCAUCUUUGGUUCAUCUGAUGAAUCAGAUGAACCAUCGCCGAAGCGAAGGCGCUCGAGGUCGCGAGACUCGGGCGCUAACAGUGGUGUCGGUUCUCCUAUGGACACCACUUCACAGCGAGUGCCAGUACUUCUGUCGGCACGUCGCAGGAAGAGCGGGACCGCAAUGUGUUGCGUCUCGCUCCUGAGAAGAAGGCAUGGAUGCCUCUAA